UUUUAAAAUAAAUGAAAGUAAUGAUUAUAUACAUAAAGUAAGUUUUUUUCAUACUUAUUUUCUAUUCAGGUUCGUUUCGUCAAAACCUAAUGACCAAUAUGAUAAUGUUAUAUAAUCUAAUAAAUCUUUAAAUCCCAAUAUCACUAAAAAUAUACAGUUAGUAAUAGCAGAACUAGAAAACCUAAACAAAAAAAAAACUUUUAAAUUGAAUAAUAUAGAAAAAUACUUUAAAGAAAAAUAAUACUGCAACGGCCAAUUAAAAAAAAAAGAUUUUCAAGUUAAGUGAUGAAAAAUAUUAUAGCUUUAACAAAAUACAUGUAUAGCUGUAUAAGUAUGUAAAUAUAAAUAAAAAAAAUAUGGUUUAAUAUGUCAUAGCCUUUAAGUAAUUUUGUACUCGAUUGUACGCAAACGAAAAGAAAUAGUAUUUAAACGUUUUGGAAAUGAAUCGACUUAUAGUUCCAGUGCCUUGAUUCAGCUGUUAACAUUUGAGAUAAUAUCCAGUAAGCUGUUCAUCAAAAUGGUUUCAAAACUAUUCACCAUACUCGUAAUCCUACCGGCGAUCUACGCCAAAAUAAAAAUAGACAUCCACCCCAACGAUGACCAAAAUAUGAAAGUCCAUAUGGCGGGUGUUCACGUGUCCAUGUUGGGAGAAAUGGAUAAAGCCGCUUUUGGUCUCACCGACGAUAACUUAAAACAAGCUCUCACAAACAUGGGUAUGAAACCCGACAACGUUUUCUUGAACAGCCCAACACCCUGGGGCGAUCUAUUCGAAACCAUGAACUGGGAACCCACGAGAAUGAUCUUCGAACCCAAGCGAGCUGAAAUCUUGUCCUCAAAAUCUGAAAAAGUUGUCGUCAAAUCUAGCAACCUUCACAAUACGCACACAGAACCCAUGACCCGCAAGGUUGAUAUGAAGCAAACGUUGAUGAACACAAUCACCUCAAAGUGGAGCAAAGAAGGCGAAUUGGACGUCAAAAAUAUUCACUACAACAUCCACAUGAUGACACCUGAAUCUGAAGAAUACUCAUUCAUUUCCAAUGGUUUGAAGGACAUUGAGAAAUUGGAACCAGUCACUGUCGGUGAUGUGAUGGAAAUAACUUUGGAACCGAAGCAGACUUUGGACGCUGAAUUGCACGUCACCGCUGAACAUAUGAUGGUCAGAGUGGAUUUCGAGGCUAAAUUAGCUGGAACCGUAGCUUUGAACUUUGAUAACACGUACGAAGGCCACCGCUUCUGGUCUGUCGAUAUUAAUACUCUUUUGACUGCCGGAGGUAUGAAGAAAGUGAUGCAUUCUUCCGAGUUUAUUAAUAUUGUCCAGUUUAGGGACGCCAAGGUCUUGGUGAAAGAAGCCACCACUGGCAAAGUUAUCAACUCAGUUCUCAUGACUAUGCAGUGAUUUUGUCUGAAAUAAAAAAAAUUACGCUCUCCAA